AUGGCUGCUUUGCUGCCUCAAGCAAUUCAUACAGCCACUUCCUCACCCUGGCCUUCACGAAAACCAUCAUUAUCCAUGUCGCCACGAAAAGAAAUGUGCCGCGUCUCCGUGACGGAGACGAACUCGCCUGAAAGGCUUCCUCAUACGAUCUCGGAAAAUGUGCAUGGUCUUCCUUACACUUCGAUUGAGUGGUCGAAGGCGAUUUCCGAUGUCAAGAGAGAGUAUCUCAACCGCCGCUAUCGUUCUUGUGCGACUCGAUGCAGCGAAAUCCUGGAUAAUCUCAAGGAUUCCGUCAGUGAUCCUUCAUUUGCCUUUACGAAAACAAACCCUAAUGUCACGCAGAGCAUCGUCGAGCCAGCAUAUCUCAUAUAUCUUCAUUUCUACGCCGCCAACUCACAAGAAAUGCUUGCUCUUGAACUUCCUCGAGCCACUCCGGCACGAAAUACUUUACUUAACCAAGCUCGCGACCACUAUCAACGCGCGUCGUCACUUAUCAACGCCGCAGAUUCAACUGUUGGUCCUGCGUUGCUACGAAGACCAUCGGGCACUACCACAACGCUCCCAAGCCUUCACUCUGCUGAUAGUUCGGUGAGCUCAUAUACAUCGUCCACGUGGUCAUCAUCUCAUAGCCUGUCUCCUGCAUCGUCUAUCUCAUCGAUUCAGAGCAUGCCGGUUUCCAAGCGGAAGAAGAAGCGUGUAACAUUCAGCGACGUGCCCAUGGAGCUUCUCGAGCGACCAGACUCGCCCACACUUGGCCUCGGCAGCUUUUUAGGGCCCGCUCGCUCGACAUCUCCAGAAUAUUCCGGGAGCGAAUCGUCUCCUAUAAUGGCGCCUCUCAGGUCUGCAACACAGAUUCCUCGGUCCAUUCUCACCCCACGAUCUGUCCAGAGUGAGGUGGCAUCAUAUCCAGACCCAGAGCUUGACCCUUUUCGUCAUGCUCGCUCAGUACAUCGCUAUAGCGCUCUCCUCACUAGUCUGCAGCGCCAGGUCUUCCGGCACUUGAACUUUAUUGAAUCAGAGCUAGAACAGCCGCAACCUAUUGUGCUAGACGGAGAGUCACCACAUUCGGCUACUGUUAUGUCACCAGGAUCCGCGGUGUCAUCAAAACCAAAAGCCGAUAAGACUCGAUCGCCAGAGCUCCAGGCAAGAAUAGAGCGAUUGCGUGCACAAGGUUGGGAGCGCAAGCGUUUUGACGCUCGUCGAUACGCUGAACUGCGCGAGAGUGCUUCGGCAGAUAUGGCUGGCUAA